GGGGUAUCUUUCUCUGGCUGUGUUGAUGUUUUUAAGCUGCUGCUGCGACUGAAGGACCCAACGCAGAAGGAUGGUGUGCGAAAAAUGUGAAAAGAAACUUGGUACUGUCAUCACUCCAGAUACAUGGAAAGAUGGUGCAAGGAAUACCACAGAAAGUGGUGGAAGAAAGCUGAAUGAAAAUAAAGCUUUGACCUCAAAAAAAGCAAGAUUCGAUCCAUAUGGAAAGAAUAAGUUCUCCACUUGCAGAAUUUGCAAAAGUUCUGUGCACCAGCCAGGUUCUAAUUACUGCCAGGGCUGUGCCUACAAAAAGGGCAUCUGUGCAAUGUGUGGGAAAAAGGUUUUGGAUACCAAAAACUACAAGCAAACGUCCGUCUAGAUGUAUUUAUGAAGUUUCUGGCUGUCUGUAUGAUUUUGCUUUCUGCUUCAAAUUUUCAAGGCAUAUCAGAGAUGUUCAAGUUACAAAAUAACAUGUUCUAAGACAAUUAAGUUUAAACCUGGGAAGUUGAUUCAUUCUUUUGCUCUUUAGAAAUUCUGAAUAGCAACAAUGUUACUAGUUUGCCUUACAGACAUCUUAUUGAGGCAAAUUUAACAACAAAAAUAUUGUCCCCGUUCUGUAUGCACUUUUUAUUUAAUGUUAUUCAUAUAAUUCUUAUCUUUUUCCUCUACCUUACUUAUAUAUGUUGCAAAAGUGAAAAGGGGAUUAUUGAUGCUCAGAACUUGGCAUCAGACUUAGAAUUUUCCCCUCAUUUCCUUGUUGGUUGUCUAGUUCUUAGAAUAAGCAGUCCCUUAAUUAAUUGCAGCUUCACAGGGUAUUUAUCUGUGACCGUUAUUGCUAAAUGGUUCCUUAGAAGUUAGCCCAGACCCAAAUCAAAUACAAGUGGUAUUUGUGAUUUUAAAAAUUUGUUCUUGAAGCCAUAGUGCUAAUACCUUUCAUAGGAGAAUAAGAACAGAAAGGGCACUCCAUAUGUAUCCAAAUGGAUACACUGGAUUUUAGUAAAAUACACGCUACACACAUGACUGAAUUCACACUACUAAUGAGCCAGGAGAACAGUGUUCAUUAUGAUGAUGUAUAAUGGAAAUGAAUCACCACUCUUUGGGAAAGCUCUUUGAAAAGCAAAAAUGAAACUAUUUUAAUUCCCCUUACCACCCCCUGCAAAAGAAAUAAAUAGAACAAAGCAAACGUUUUGAUUCUUAAAAUACAUAUAUGUACCUUCAAAGAAAUAUUUUUUAAAAUGCCACCUUUAGAGGUUUAGGACUUCUACUUUUUAAACAAACCUACAGCCUGAUAGGGGAGACCAAAAAAGUAUGCCCCAUUGCCAAGUACAGUAUGUAUAAAUACUUAUCACUAUAAAAUGUGUAGAAUAGAUAACCUAAUGAUAUACAUAGUAUAGAUAUUGCAUUUUUAUUUUAAAAUU